AUUCUUGUGUCAAGCAUCAAAGCAAUGGCAAGAACCAAGCAGACCGCCCGUAAAUCUACCGGAGGCAAAGCCCCCAGGAAGCAGCUGGCCACCAAGGCUGCCCGUAAGAGCGCCCCGGCCACCGGUGGAGUCAAGAAGCCCCAUCGUUACAGGCCCGGUACCGUGGCUCUCAGAGAGAUCCGUCGUUACCAGAAAUCCACCGAGCUGCUGAUCCGCAAGCUGCCCUUCCAGCGUCUGGUCAGAGAAAUCGCUCAGGAUUUCAAGACCGAUCUGCGCUUCCAGAGCUCCGCUGUCAUGGCUCUGCAGGAGGCCAGCGAGGCUUACCUGGUCGGUCUGUUCGAGGACACCAACCUGUGCGCCAUCCACGCCAAGAGGGUCACCAUCAUGCCCAAAGACAUCCAGCUGGCUCGCCGCAUCCGUGGAGAGAGAGCAUAA